CCUGAGUGCACGGGCUGCAUUUCCACAGAGGAGUCGUUUGUCCCCGGCUUAUAUCAGACUAGAGGGCGACCAUGGAGGCUGAGGACUUGAUGGUAGAAGUCUCGGAGGCAAAGAAGUCCUUCGGGAACAAGCUGGUACUAGACGAUGUGAACAUGUGCGUGCAGAUGAACAGCAUAUACGGACUCCUCGGACCUAGUGGCUGUGGUAAGACCAUUCUCUUAAACUGCCUCCUCGGACUUAGGCCUUUGGACUCCGGAAGGAUACGUCUAGCCGUGGACAACAGAAAGGAUGUAGGCUAUAUGCCACAGGAAAUAGCACUUUUCAAAGAGUUCACGAUAAAGGAAGUCCUGAGGUUCUACGGCACACUCUUCGGACUCAGCAAAGACGAAAUGAAGACGAGGAUGGCCGAACUUACCAAAGUCUUGGAGCUGCCGGAAUGGAACAAGAGGGUCGGCAGUUUGAGUGGCGGAGAACAGAGAAGAGUUUCCUUCGGAGCAGCUUUAGUUCAUAAUCCUAAGUUGUUAGUGCUUGAUGAGCCGACGGUGGGAGUGGACCCAAUACUCAGCUACAGUAUAUGGCAAUACUUGGUCAAGCUCAGUUCUACAGGAAGAACAAUUAUUAUAACAACCCAUUACAUAGAAGAAGCGAGAAAUGCUCACAAGAUAGGUCUGAUGAGGGAAGGCAGGUUGUUAUGCGAAGACACACCUGAGAAUAUCUUAAUCCAACAGCAAGUGCAAACGCUGGAGGAAGCCUUUCUGAAGCUGAGUCAGAACAAAGAAAAGAUCGAAUAUGCCUCAACUAAUAUGAAUAAAAAUACCAAAGAAACACCACCAUUGACCCUCAGAAACAAUGAAAUGUUCAAUUGGAAUCGAGUGAAGGCACAAAUCAUGAAAAAUAUAAUAUGGAUGAAAAGAAAUACUGUAAUAAUGUUCUUUUUGCUUCUACUGCCUGCGAUGCAAUCGUUUAUCUACUCAAGUUCGUUUGGGAGGCAACCGAUAAAAUUGAAGUUCAUAAUUUUAUCAGAUGAAAUUUCUUCAAGUACUUCUGAUUUGUGUAAUUCCUACAGGCAUCCAUAUGCUGGUGAUCUUAAUUGUACAAUAGCAAAGCCAUUUACCUGCCAGUACGCACAAAUAUUAAACGAGACCUUUGAUGUUGUAUAUAAGUACAGUUACACGGAAGCGAAACAAGAUAUCGAGCAAAACAAAGCUUGGGGAAUGGUAUAUAUCCAGCCCAACUUCACCGAAGCUGUCAUAGAGAGGCUUAACUUGAAUAUGCAUGAGUUGACGGAUGAAACUAUUGAAACUAGUGAAGUCGCCAUCACAAUGGAUAUGUCAAAUUACAUCAUUGGCAAUUUUAUCAAGCAGCAAUUGCUUGAUGAUAUGAAAAAAUUCAUUCAAGAACUCGCAGCUUCCUGUGGAGUAACUUCACAUCAUGAAUUUGGCAAGUCCCCGUUGAAGUUCAUGGACCCAAUAUUUGGUGGUAAGAAUCCUCUUUUUGCACACAGUGGCUUACCAGGAUUUUUUUGUUCAUUUUGUUUUUAUUUCACCAUGAUAUUUACUUCUGGAGCAAUCAUGAUGGAAAAAAUAAUUGGAACCCUUGAACGUAGCAUGGCAGCAGGUAUGACUUAUCUGGAAGUUGUAACUGCUCAUCUUUGUGUCCAGAUUGUGCUGAUGACAUUUCAGAAAAUUAUAAUGUACAGCGUUUUCUACUAUUAUUUUGACUUCCCAAUGCUCGGUGAUCCAAGUCAAAUAUUUGUCUUACUAUUUUCAAUCGAGGCAGUCGGUAUUGCAUAUGGAUUUUUAUUAACAGAGCUAUUUGACUCUGAUCGGCUAGUGUCUUAUGCUGGAAUAGGAGGAACAUUGGCCGUAUUCAGUUUAGGAGGAAUAGUCUGGCCUCUUCAAGGAGCUCACUAUUUAGUAAGGUCCUGGGUGUGGGCGUUUCCUGUAUCACCAGCAGUCGACAGCUACAAGAAUAUAGCAUCCAAAGGAUACAACUUCAUGCAUCCGACAGUUUAUUUUGGAUUUUUAUCUUGUAUUUUUUGGACAAUCGGUUUAUCUCUGAUUUCUUAUGCUAUAGCGAAAAUUCGCAAAUAUCAUCGUAUAUUUUAAAUAACGUUAAUAAUUUUGUUAGCUAACGUUAGUUCUGAUCAGUUUGUAUUUAUGUGUAAAUAGUGUAAAUAAAAAAAAUAUUGGUACUUAGUUUAAUUAGCAAUUUUCACAUUAACUUGUAAUAAAUUAAUUAAUAAGGGUACUUUGCAAAUGUCAAUACUGUAUUAUAAAAUAGGAUCAGACUUAUUUUAAUAUUAUGACAAUUUUACAUAAUGUACUGGAGUCUAUAAGCAUAACUGAGUAUACGAUAAGACAUUUUAAAUUAAGAUAUUUUUAAAUCAAAACAAUGUUUUAAAAAAAAUGAAUGUUUGAAAGACGAUUUGUUAAAAAUAUAUCUAGGAGUAUAUCCUGAAGUUUUUUCCAUUUUAAAUGUAAUUGGAUCAUUUUUAUUUAAAUAAUUUAUUUUGAAUUGAUGAUUAAUCCAAUCAAUAACAAUUUGGACAGUUCAGAAACACUUUUUAAUAUUGAAAUUAAAUUAAAAAAUAAAUCAUAAAUAAGUUACAAAUUAUUGAUAUUUAGAUGAUUUAAAAAUAAUAAUAAUUCAGAUCCCUUUAUUUAUAACCAUUCAUUUUUUUAUUUACUUUUAGUAAGUAUAGUCAACUCUAGAAAAUAUCAGACACGAAAAUUUUUCACAGGUAUCACUUACAAACAAUACACGAUUGAUGCUAAAUUUGGAUUUCUCAUAUAAAUUAUAAAAAAUUCCAACAUAUAAAGUUUUCUCUAUGAAUAGAAAUAUGCACUCCUGUCUACUUAAAUGUAUUGAUUUCCACCAACUGACCGUACAAUAACUAGAACUGAAAUUAGACAGGAAAAUUAAAUGGGAGCCAUACGGGAAGAAAAAACUGUGCCUUAUUAAAUAUAAGACUAAAAUUAUAGCAAUUAUUUAGAUGGCGUUUCAUAUCAAAAUCAAAACAGAAAUUAAGUAUAUAUACAUGCCUACAAAGGGAUACCGUUUGAUACUGCUUUUCCGUAAGCCAAUCAAGCCUCUUUUAUUUUAUUUUAUUAUUUUCUCAUCUAAUUAUCAUUCCAGCUUGUCUGCUGAUUGUUGAUGGCUGUAACUAAUAGGGACAC